CUCACAAACUAUUGCCUGUCACAAAUGCAGUUGUUGGAUUUCACAAAUUAUCCUGUUAUUAUUGUUCUCAUGGGAAAGUGAAACCUGAGGAUCAGUCAUGUGAUUUCAGCUAAGCCUGCUUGAAAACAACAACACGGAAGUAUGUUUUCAGAAAGUCACAGUCACGGAGGUGUGUGAAAGAUAACUACAGUUUUUUAAGAGUUUCUUCCUCAAAAUGUCAGGAGGUGAGAAACGAUAUUUUCAGUCAGACGUUUUGCGUGGCAUUAACAUUGUUAAAAAGCCCGGAAAUAUCGAUCCAUGUGACAAUGAUCCAGAUGUUUUAAGAGCUGAAUUAUCCUGUGGUCACAUCACUGGACCUGAGACACUGACAGACUACUGCAAAUACCAGCUGAUUGACGGUAAAGCUGAGCUGAGAUGCCCUUUGUGUCAAGAACAAUGGUCUUACCAAGAAGUGCGUAAACUUGCUAAACUCACACCUGAAGAACAGCUAUACUUUGAGGAAAGACUUGCCAACAACGCUACUAGAAAGACAACAGACAUUAAGAACUGUCCUGGUUGUGACUGGUUGAUCGAGAGAUCAGACCCAUUUAAUCUCAGCGUGCAGUGCACCAUUUGCUCUGCGAAGAAUAAAAAAACCUUUGAGUUCUGCUGGCAGUGUUUGAGAGAGUGGAAAGGUCGGCGUCCUCGAUCUGAUCGAUGUGAAAAUGAAGGCUGCAGCAACACAGAGCUGGAUCUGCUGAGAGAUUGUGCAACUAUUAUUUUAAAAAAAGCUGGAAAUAUUGUAUGUCCAGCUGUUCGUGCUUGUCCAACAUGUGGUCUGCUGAUUAACCACAACACAGAGAAAUGUAAAAAUAUUGUGUGCUCUCGAUGUAAAAAAGAGUUUUGUUUUGUCUGUCUGAAGCUCACACCAGACUGUCUGAAGACGAUGCCUAAUGGAUGGUUUCUUCUCUGUUCAGAUGGUGUGGCUCCAAGACAGACUUCAAUUCCACCCUGGAGAGAUAACAAAUAAAUCACAAAAAGUCAUCUUUGGUUAAUAGAAAGUAAAACUGUUUUGAUUGUCAGUAUGAUAUGUGGAUGCAUUAAAAGAUUUGUUGGGAUAAAAAACAAAAAACAAAAAAAAAAUCUAAGAAGCUUCAAAAUAAAAAGCUUCCUGUGUUUGUCUCUACUCUGGGACCUUUAGGUAGUCAGUGGCAUAUGGGAUCCUCCCACAGUUCAUAUCAAGUGAUAUUAAUAAUAAUAAUCCUUUUAUAUGCCUAUCUACUUCUGUGUAUUUAUUCCACUUCCAUUUGCGCAUAAUUGUUUAUCUGUAAAUAGCAUAUCUGUUUAUUUUUUUACUGUAUUGUAUUUGUAAUGGUAACCCAAUAAUUGGCACCAU